AUGAGCGGGUCGCGUCUGGAUGCCCGUGGUGAGAAAAUAACCACCUUCUGGGGUAUCAAAGACCAAGGGUAUGACUACGUUUCGAUUGACCUCCGUGACAACUGCCUCCAAAACUUUGAGCACUUCGGCACGCACCCCAAAUUGCUCGAGCUACGGCUUGAAAACAACAUGAUUGAGAGUUUCAUGGGUCUAACCAGGCAGCCGUCGCUGCUUGUUAUUGACCUGGAGGGGAAUCCCAUCGCAGCCCACCCACUUCACCGCGUAAUGGUGCUCCUCGCAGUUGGAUUUUCGGUCACUACCAUCGAUGGCGUGCCCGUUACAACUCAGGAAUAUGACACGGCGCGGGCUAUGGGUUACCAUGCAGCACUGGCCGUAAGUUAUGGCUGGAAACUGGAGGUUGGGGUUCGCUCACAAGAGGAGUAUCUCCAAAUCAUUGAGGCAUGUAAGAAAGCUCGCAGGAAGUCACCGGCCCAGCGGGGCACCUUCAAAACCAUUGAUCAUGCCUUGGAGGAACGCAGGGAGUCAGUAAUAAUCAGAGUGCCACCCAACCAAACUAGCGUGGAAAAUUCACAGUGCUUUAGUACCAUGGAGUAUGAACGCAUGACAGAGCGCGUGAAACAUCUUGAAGAGUUGCUUUAUGAGGCAAAGAAGGAACUGAAGUCUCAGCAGCAGCAGCAGCAGCAGCACAAGGUGGACGACGUUGAGAUGAGCCGCACAGACAGCCUGUCUGCAGCUGAGCUCCGCUGUGCCCAUAGUAUCUUAUUUACCGAGAACAUUCGGUUAACCACCAACGUUACGACGUCGACGCAUGAAGAGAGCAGUGGUUGUGUCCAGGGUGCCCUCAUGUUCGAAAGAGCCUCGUUGGUUUUCCUCACCUUCAUGUCACGCACCCGCUUGGCCGAGUUCCCGCUUUGUGACCUUCAAGUGGAGCUCCACCAGAACGUACUCCGUAUUCGGGGUAAUCACGGGUCCAUAACUGACGUUUUUUUUGGCGACACGAGGACCCUCAGAUGCGUGCACAAGUUAAUAUACUUGCGACGUGGCUGUGAUGUGCCACUUAUCUUCAUAAGUAGCGAAGCACCAGAAAACGCUAAAUUGUUAGUGGACGCAAGCGUGAACACCGAGCGCGGCUACUUUGUCGGCGACAAUGGCCCAAACGAUUCCUUUUACCCAGAAAGGGGGCAUGGGGGUUCGUCAAUCCAUGCCAACGGAAGUCUCAUGCCGUACAUGAACUCUUUUCAUUAUGAGACGGCGGCAAGCGCCGCCGGGGAGGAUAAGCAACUUCCGGAAGUUACUCAGAGCGCGCUCACACUUACGCUUCAGGAUGGUCAAACACCGAAUACGUCUCUGAUACAACAAAGCUUUGCCAAUACGUACGCAGAUAUUGCUUCGGAGAGAGAGGCAACGGACGAAACAGACGAUAAAGACAGAAGUGAAGUUUCACAGGAAACCCUGUUUUCAACGAAUGCCGUGACUCCUAGGCUGUUUUCAGGCUCCCCUCAAGCUGUCCCUAUUGACGAAAAUGCUUUCGGACCCGACAUCGGGGCUGCAAGCGCGGACAAUCGCGAGGUAGCGCACACCGAGGCCCCCGCGGUUUCAACCCCACGUGAUAGAGGGCCCCCGGCGGUGCGGGUGUUACGUCGGCAAUCAUCAGUCUUCGCUACCCAACAGCCUACCUCCAGCCGGAUGAAGGCGAACACUCGAACACGCGUGACCAGUCAGACGCAGGUCUCAGUGGUUUCUAACUCCUUAGAAAAAGAUUCGUCAGUUCUCCAGGAUUCGUGCACAUUAUCAUUGACCGAUGCCGCUACCGGUGUUACGAUGCUUAGUAGGCCGCCUCCAGGUGCUGCAAACAGUCUUUCAAGCUCGCAACUUUUAGUCUCUGCUGCAUCAGACAAUGGUAGGAGUCUGGUGCCCAUUGUCGAAGAACUUGUGGAAGGUAACCCGAGUGUUGCCGAUCCUCCCGCUCCAAGUUCGUCGACUCCACACGUGGACAACCGCUUAACGCCAAGGGUUCUAGUGUCUAGGGCCUCAACCUCAGGUGGGAGGAGAUCCCCGGCCGUACGUGAACUACGUCAGCGCCCCUUAACGACUGCGGACCAUGCACCUGUUGUCAGACUAGAAGUGAACGCUGGAGAAUCACCGGUGCUGCAGGAUCAUGUUCCUGGUGCCCCAACCACCACGGAAAACGGGACAGUGGCACCAAACGUGGAGCCGAGUGGCCAAGGCGCCACCACCGUUGAGCACUUGAACGCGGCCAACGUGUCAACAGUACACACCUCUGAAUCGGUAGCGCCCCAGCAGCUGGCGUCCAGGGCCCCAACACCAGGCGGAAGGCCGCCUCCGCCACUUCGCGUGCCGAGCCGGUACUCAUCAGUGAUGGCGGGUCAAUCACCUCUUCCCAAUCGACUAUCGUCAGCUGCAGGACCUCGCACGGCACCACAGGUUCCCACUACCAGGGCCUCGGUUCCUGUUGGCAGAAGUUCUCCACCUGCGCGUGUGCGAUACAAGUCCCCAACAACCGCCAGUGGUGGUCUUGCUUCUACAGUACACCCGUCAGAAGUGAACGGUGGAGAAUCACCCGUGUUGCAGGAUCAUGUUCCUGGUGCCCCAACCACCACGGAAAACGAGACAGUGGCACCAAACGUGGAGCCGAGUGGCCAAGGCGCCACCACCGUUGAGCACUUGAACGCGGCCAACGUGUCAACAGUACACACCUCUGAAUCGGUAGCGCCCCAGCAGCUGGCGUCCAGGGCCCCAACACCAGGCGGAAGGCCGCCUCCGCCACUUCGCGUGCCGAGCCGGUACUCAUCAGUGAUGGCGGGUCAAUCACCUCUUCCCAAUCGACUAUCGUCAGCUGCAGGACCUCGCACGGCACCACAGGUUCCCACUACCAGGGCCUCGGUUCCUGUUGGCAGAAGUUCUCCACCUGCGCGUGUGCUAUAUAGAUGUUCGCCAACUGAUGCCGCUGCCGCCGCUAAGGCACCCGUCCCCCUCCAGCAGGGUAAAAGUGCCAGUGGUGCCUUUGUGGGGCCGAUGCCAAUGAGCUCUAGGGCUUCAACAUCAGUUGAACGAGCGUCUUCGACAGCACCAAUAUUGCACAGAUCAUCGGCAAGUGGUAUUGCCUCCGAUGCUCUGUUUGCUCACGCCCCACCUUCAACAGACGGCACCAGUUGUCAGUCAUGUUCGCCGGUGGCGACUUCCAGGCGUUCGAUUUUGAGUGCCAGAGGAUCCUCAUCGACGCGGUUGUCACGUCGCUGGCGACCAACUGCCACCGGUGAUGUUGUGGCUUUCAACCAUCGGGGCGCGGCCCUCGAGGGUCGGGUUGCAUCAAGGGGUUCGACUUCAAUGGUGCUUGGGCCUGCUGCAAGAACUUCCUCGGCCAUGCGUUUUUCUCGUCGGCGGCCCCCGACCGCUGCCGGGACCGGUGGAUCUUCCACCGGGACGCCACAGCGAGAGGACAUGUGCAAUCCCAAGAAUUCACUGACUGCAAAGUCUGAGAGGCUGGCGGGUGAUCCUUCGUUUCUGUCAUCGUCUGUUGACUACAAGAAAUUUCUAAACGAACCCGAACCCGACUCGGAUACUGACGUCUCCUUGGAGCGGCUGCUUUAG